AUGUUAUCUACCAAGUCCUUUUCUCCGGUCUACAUUGGACCUCAAGCUGGUAUGAUGGAAACAGAUAAGAUUGAAGAGUUGCCAGGGCAACCAAAAGGUGUAGACUUCGAUCAGUACGCAGGUUAUGUCACUGUUGAUCCUAAGCAUGGAAGAGCAUUGUUCUAUUAUUUUGUGGAGUCUCCUCAGAAUUCUUCUAGCAUGCCUCUUAUGUUAUGGCUCAAUGGAGGACCUGGAUGCUCCUCUUUGGGUUACGGAGCCAUGGAGGAAGUACGACCCUUCAGGGUAAAUAGCAACGGCGAAACACUUAGCAGAAAUUACUAUGCAUGGAACAAUGUGGCAAAUGUUUUGUUUCUGGAGUCACCAACAGGAGUUGGGUUCUCUUAUUCAAACACAAGUUCAGACAUUUCUCAGAAUGAAGAUAAGAGAACUGCAGCAGAUAACUAUGCAUUCUUGAUGAACUGGCUGGAGAGAUUCCCAGAGUAUAAAACCAGUGAUUUCUUUAUUACAGGAGAGAGCUAUGCAGGCCAUUACAUUCCUGAACUUGCACAGCUUAUCCUGCAGAAUAACAAGAUCACCAAUCAGACUGUCAUCAACCUUUGUGGUGUCACUAUUGGGAAUGCUUAUAUCGAUAAAAUCUCCAAUGACAUGGGACAAUAUGCAUUCUUUUGGAGCCAUGCCCUAAUCUCAGAUGAGACGUACAACAUUAUCAGUUCAAGUUGCAAUUUUACCAGUCAAGAUUACCCCAAUACCUGUGUCGAUGCUGUAGACAAAGCAGACAGUGAACAUGGGGAUAUAGAUUGUUACAAUAUAUAUGCUCCAGUUUGUGAUGGUUCAAAAACUUCAUCUGCAGUUGCGAUGGAAUAUUUUGACCCAUGUUCAGAUGACUAUGUACACAAGUACCUGAACAACCCUGCAGUUCAGAAGGCCCUUCAUGCAAAUGUCACAAAAUUGCAACGUGAAUGGAAAAGGUGCAGUGGCAUUGGAUGGAUUGAUAGACCCGAUAUAGUGUUACCUAUCAUUAAGGAGCUUACUAUUAGUGGCAUGAGUUUCUGGCUCUACAGUGGUGAUGUUGGUGGUGUGGUUCCUAUCACAUCUACAAGAUACUCCAUCAAAAUGCUUGGUUUACCACUUCAGAACUCAUGGAGACCAUGGUAUCUCAACAAGGAAGUUGGAGGUUAUGUUGAGGAAUAUGAGGGAUUGACGCUAGCAACUGUUAGAGAAGCAGGGCAUGCAGUUCCAAGUUACCAGCCCGAAAGAGCAUUAGCCAUGAUCUCUUCUUUCGUCCAAGGACAACUUCCACCUAUAAAAGCAAAAUAA